CUGCUUGUUGACUAUAUACGGAGUACUUGCCUUCUCAUCUCACUCGCGCGACUUCACCGUCGCUCAUCUUCCACAUCCAGACGCAGCGCAGUCAGCGGCGAGCGCCUGACGAAACGCCAUCAUGAGUUUCACUAGUAUGCUCAACAAACUCCACGGCCAGCCCGACAGCUACGACAAGAAAUCCAAGUACAAGUUUGGCAAGACACUCGGAGCCGGCACCUACGGCAUCGUCAGAGAAGCAGAGUCACCCCAAGGAAAAUGCGCCGUCAAGAUCAUCCUGAAGAAGAACGUCAAAGGCAACGACCAGAUGGUCUACGAUGAGCUACAGAUGCUCCAACGCCUUCAACACCCCCACAUCGUCAAGUUCUUCGAUUGGUUCGAGUCAAGAGACAAAUACUACAUUGUGACACAACUUGCGACUGGUGGAGAGCUGUUUGACCGCAUCUGCGAAAAGGGUCGCUUCACCGAGAAGGACGCUUCUGCCACCAUAAGACAAGUCUUGGAAGCCGUCGACUACCUCCACCAGAACGAUGUCGUCCAUCGCGAUUUGAAGCCCGAGAACCUCCUUUACCUUACCAAGGCCGACGACUCGACUCUCGUGCUCGCAGACUUCGGCAUUGCCAAACAUCUCGACAGCCCCGAUGGUGUGCUCAAGACCAUGGCUGGAUCCUUCGGUUACGCAGCACCCGAAGUCAUGCUCAAGAAAGGACAUAGCAAGCCCGUCGACAUGUGGUCUCUCGGUGUCAUCACCUACACUCUCCUCUGCGGUUACUCGCCCUUCCGCAGCGAGAACUUGACCGACCUUAUUGAGGAGACCAAGCACGGCAGAGUUGUCUUCCACGAACGUUACUGGAAGGAUGUCAGCAAGGAAGCCAAGGAUUUCAUCAUGACCUUGCUCGUUCCCAAGCCGGAGAAGAGAGCUACAAGUGCUGAAGCGCUCAAGAAUGCUUGGAUUGCUGGCAAGGGUGCAACAGACCACAACUUGCUGCCCGAAAUCAAGGCAUACAUGACCAAGGCUCGCCUGAAGCGCGGUAUCGAAUUGGUCAAGCUCGCCAAUCGUAUCGAAGCACUCAAGAUGCAAGAAGACGAAGAGGAGGAUGUACCACAGGCUGGAGACGUUCCCGCCGGCGCAAAGCAGGCCGCAGGAGACGCACUCGCACAUCAAGAAGAGAAGCCUUUGGAAGCCGGCCUCAAGGUACCGGAGGACAAGGGAGUGACGCACAAGCGCAGUCUGAGCAAGAUUGCCAAGGGUGCCAUCUUCCGUGAAGUUGUCCUGGCCAAAGUUCGUGAGAUGAAGGCCGAUGAGGAGGCACAGAAGAUAACUUCUACUGGCAGCUUCGAGAAGGAGAAGGAAAACAAGUGAGGGAAUUGCAUCGACUUCAGCGAGGAAACCUGUUUUGAAUUCGGCAUGGCGUUUGGGAGGAUUACAAGGAAAGAUUGCUCAAGUUCCGACUGAUCAGGUAUUGAGCCUGUGUGCCUGGAAGAUAUUCCUAAGACUUUUGCUCGAGACUGGAACAUAUUGAUCUACUAUUCACCAUGAGCUUUGACAAUUACUUGAGCCGUGAUGGUGUCGGUGUUCAUGUUCGAGAUGAUUGGGGGGCCAGGCUUUUGAACUUGGUGAGGAGGCUUCCUGAUGGCGCUGAUGUGCAAGCACCCCGAACUGAGCCAUGCAAGCUUUGAUUCCCUCAUAGCCAUGCGAUCACGCCUUUCCAACAAUAUGAACAAUACACUUCUAACAAAAGUAAGAAAAGAUGAUAGAGAAAGCGACAAUAGAUUCCUCAAUACAAUAUCACGU